CUCGGUUCAGAAGGACCCGAUUUCUGAGUCAAAUCGGCCGGGGGCUCACUUCAACCAGCACCUUUCAAACUACAAAAAAUUUCUAGCUUUCUUACAACAUUUUCUGCAACAAAUCGGAGUGAGUUCAAAACCCUAGAAAAGCAGCAGCUAUUGUAGAGGAGAUUGAUGGAGGAAGCAGCUCAGAAUGAGAACGGAAACCCGCCGUCGGCGGCAGUGACGGCGGUGGAGGAGACGGAAGAUGAGCCGGUUAUUGGACCGGGUCCAGCUCCUCAUGUUAGUAAGAAGCGUCCUCUUCAGUUUGAGCAAGCCUAUCUCGAGUCCCUUCCUUCAGCCAACUUGUAUGAAAAAAGUUACAUGCACCGAGAUGUAGUCACUCAUGUUUCUGUGUCAGGAGCAGAUUUUUUCAUUAGCGGGAGUGCCGAUGGCCACCUGAAAUUUUGGAAGAAAAGGCCUAUUGGUAUCGAGUUUGCAAAACAUUUUAGAUCUCAUCUUGGACCAAUUGAAGGCCUUGCAGUUAGUGCUGAUGGUAUGCUUUGCUGUACGAUCUCAAGUGACAAGUCUCUGAAAAUAUAUGACGUAGUGAAUUUCGACAUGAUGUCCAUGAUACGACUUCCAUUCAUACCUGGUUGCGUUGAAUGGGUAUAUAAAUUAGGGGAUGUCAAAGCUAAGCUUGCUGUUAGCGAUCGGAACUCCUCUGUUGUGCAUAUAUAUGAUGCAAGAGCUGGUACAAAUGAACCAAUCAUAACUAAAGAGAUACAUUUGUGCCCCAUCAAGGUCAUGAAAUACAAUCAUGUCUUUGAUACUGUUAUAUCAGCAGACGACAAAGGGAUCAUUGAGUACUGGAGUCCUGCCACUCUUCAGUUCCCAGAGAACGUGGUGAAUUUUAGAUUGAAGAGUGACACUAAUCUCUUCGAAAUUGUGAAAUGCAAAACUGCUGUUUCUUCUAUAGAGGUAAGCCCUGAUGGUAAACAGUUCUCUGUAACUUCACCAGAUCGUAGGAUUCGUAUAUUUUGGUUCAGGACAGGUAAACUAAGACGUGUGUAUGAUGAAUCUCUGGAGGUGGCACAAGAUCUCCAGAGGAGUGAUGUUCCUUUAUACCGGCUUGAAGCUAUUGAUUUUGGGCGAAGAAUGGCUGUGGAAAAAGAAAUUGAGAAAACAGAACAUGCACCACAACCUAAUGCUGUUUUUGAUGAAAGUUCCAACUUCAUUAUAUAUGCAACUCUCCUAGGAAUUAAAGUUGUAAAUCUACAUACGAACAAGGUAUCUCGUAUCCUAGGGAAGGUGGAGAGCAAUGACAGGUUUUUGAGAAUUGCCUUGUAUCAAGGUGAUAGAAGUAGUAAAAAAGUAAGAAAAAUUCCUGCUGCUGCAGCAAAUGCCAAUGAAAGCAAGGAGCCCCUGAUAGAUCCGACUCUACUUUGCUGUGCUUUCAAGAAACAUAGAAUCUAUUUGUUCAGUCAGAGAGAACCUGAGGAACCUGAUGAUCCUACCAAGGGAAGAGAUGUCUUUAAUGAAAAGCCGUCUGCUGAUGAACUUUUGGCUGUAUCUGACAUAGGGAAGUCUGUCACUACAUCCCUUCCAGAUAAUGUGGUCCUGCAUACCAGUAUGGGUGACAUUCACAUGAAGCUAUACCCUGAAGAGUGUCCAAAAACAGUGGAGAACUUUACAACACACUGCAGGAACGGAUACUAUGACAAUUUGAUAUUUCAUCGGGUCAUCAGAGGCUUUAUGGUUCAGACUGGAGAUCCAUUAGGAGAUGGCACAGGGGGCCAAUCUAUUUGGGGAAGGGAGUUUGAAGAUGAAUUCCAUAAAAGCCUGCGACAUGAUAGACCCUUCACCGUCUCGAUGGCUAAUGCUGGGGCAAACACCAAUGGCUCCCAAUUCUUCAUAACAACUGUUGCCACUCCGUGGUUAGACAAUAAGCACACAGUUUUUGGCAGAGUAGUAAAAGGAAUGGACAUUGUACAGUCGAUAGAGAAAGUGAAGACCGACAAAAAUGACAAGCCAUACCAAGACGUAAAAAUAUUAAAUGUGACUGUUCCAAAGUCUUAAAUGGGUUCUUGUUGUGGCGGUGCUCCAUCAUGGAAGGUUUCAACUACUUAUUCUGGAUCACUGGAUGGGUUAAAACAACUUAUGGCGGAAUCUGGCAUGUGCUACUUAUUCUGGAUCACUGGAUGGGUUAAAACAACUUAUGGCGGAAUCUGGCAUGUAGUCUGUAUAACUUUUGACUUCUGGUAUUUUUCUCAAAUUCAUUUUGCCAUCCACUUUUCUCCUUUUGAGAUUUUUUCUUCUUAUUUUGGAGAAUGUUUAUCAUCAUUCAUGUUUUCAUUAAAUUGGGCCCAACAAUACAAAGCUCCUUUCAGAGGCCCAAUUUGAGUCAGCAUUGUCCUUUCCAAAUUCAUUACUGGGACAAGAAGGAGCUUUGUAUCAAUGUUUUUGAUGAGGUGGCUGAUAAUCUGUGGAGUUAAUACCUAUGUUUGCCGUAAAAAUCAAGAUUGCAUGAAUUGUAAUGUAGUCUCUCGACUGUGUUGCAGAAUCUCACCUCUUUUCCUAGUGAUGUUAGGAAUUGAUCAAAACCCCACUACUCUCAAGUCCGUUAAUUAACCUUGUGAAUUUGAGUGCAUUAGUACGUCCAAGUGUAGACCCUUUUGAUGUGUCAUCGCAGAUAUUUUGAUUAUAGCAGUGAAGUUUUUUAAAUUCUUUCCUUAACUGUUGUAUAAAAAACUGAUGUACCCUAUGAUCAACAUUUUAAGAGGUGAAGUCGCUUUUAUUCA